CCCGCGGGGAGGGGUUGCGGGGGCGUUGGGCGGCGGGGCGGUCGCCGUCCCGCCCGGGAGCGCCCCUGCUGCAUUGCAGCCGCCGCGCCGCCUCCCCGCGCACAAUGGCGACUCCGAGCCCCAGCGGCGGCUCCGGCGGCGGCAGCGGCGGCGGCCCGGGCCCGGGGGCCGCGCCGGGGCACGCGGGCACCAUGCAGGGUAAACGCAAAGCGCUGAAGUUAAAUUUUGCAAAUCCACCUUUCAAGUCCACGGCAAGAUUUACCCUAAACACUUCAGGAGUUCCUUUCCAAAAUCCACACAUUGAUGCACAAGCAACCCUGGGUACUGAUCCCAUUGUCCCGUUCAGCUCCAAAAGGAGAGAAGCGGACCUCAUCCAGACCCUUCCCAGCAGGCUGCAAGAGAGACUGAGAACACACAGCAUUGAAUCAUCAGGAAAAUUGAAGAUUUCCCCUGAGCAACAUUGGGAUUUUACAGCAGAGGACUUGAAAGACCUUGGAGAAAUUGGACGAGGCGCUUAUGGUUCUGUCAACAAAAUGGUCCACAAACCAAGUGGGCAAAUUAUGGCAGUUAAAAGAAUUCGGUCGACAGUGGAUGAAAAAGAACAGAAGCAGCUUCUGAUGGACCUUGAUGUAGUAAUGCGAAGCAGUGACUGCCCGUACAUUGUUCAGUUUUAUGGCGCGCUCUUCAGAGAGGGUGACUGUUGGAUCUGUAUGGAGCUCAUGUCUACCUCGUUUGAUAAGUUUUACAAAUAUGUAUAUAGUGUAUUAGAUGAUGUUAUUCCAGAAGAAAUCCUAGGAAAAAUCACUUUAGCUACUGUGAAAGCACUAAACCACUUAAAAGAAAACUUGAAAAUCAUUCACAGAGACAUCAAACCUUCCAAUAUUCUUCUGGACAGAAAUGGAAAUAUUAAACUCUGUGACUUUGGCAUUAGCGGACAGCUUGUGGAUUCCAUUGCCAAAACGCGGGAUGCAGGGUGCCGGCCGUACAUGGCGCCUGAAAGGAUAGAUCCCAGCGCAUCCAGGCAAGGUUAUGAUGUCCGCUCAGAUGUCUGGAGCUUGGGAAUUACAUUGUAUGAGCUGGCCACGGGGCGAUUCCCCUACCCCAAGUGGAACAGCGUGUUUGACCAGUUGACACAAGUAGUAAAAGGAGACCCACCACAGCUGAGUAACUCAGAGGAAAGGGAGUUCUCCCCAAGCUUCAUCAACUUCGUCAACUUGUGCCUUACAAAGGACGAGUCCAAAAGGCCAAAGUAUAAAGAGCUUCUGAAACAUCCCUUCAUCCUGAUGUAUGAGGAACGCACAGUGGAUGUUGCAUGCUAUGUUUGUAAAAUCCUGGAUCAAAUGCCAGCAACUCCUAGCUCUCCAAUGUACGUCGAUUGAUAUUGCUGCUACGUCAAACUCUAGAAAAAGGGCUGAGAGAAAACAAGCUGUAAAGAGUUUUCAUCACAUAUUGCAGUGUUUUUAAUGCUCGCCCAGACACCAUGUGCAAUAAGAUUGGUGUUAUUUCCAUCCUGUCUGUAUACUGUUGUCACAUAUAAAGUGCAUCCCUGUAAUACCUGAUCACACAGUGUUAGUGUUGGUCAAAGAGAGACCUCAUCUUGCUCUUUCGUGGACAUAUUCAUGAAAUGUGGAAAUAAGUACAUUUAUUUGUUGACCGUGAUUGGAUAGCACCUAAAAUUCGUUUCUAGACUCAAAAACUUCGAGACUUCUCAGCAGCUACUGGAAAGAUUUUUCUCUCAAACUCUUCCAAUUGUUGUUUCGAGUAAUAAUAAAAGCAAACAAACAAAAGUUAGGCGUUGUCUGUCUGAACAUUAAGAGACUUUGCCUGGAGGGAGAAGAACUUGCUUAACCAACGAGAUGCUUUGCCUUCUGGAGCUGGAAGGGCAAAGGAGAAUUUUAUUCUUCACAAAGUGCAAUAGAUUUACUGCUAUGAAAUUCUGUUGCUUUACAGUCGCAGUGUACUUUCUGGGGACAGUGAAAUUCCUUGUUAAAGAGAGAUCAUGUUAAAUAUAGUGAAUAUGUCUUUACCAAAAAUAUGUUGCGUUGAAAGAGGCUAACAUUAAACUAUUCAGAGAUGGGACAUGAUGUAUUCUUUCUCCUUUUACCAAGCCAGCCACUCUUCACUCUUAACUAGGUGUCCUGUAAAUUGUUACCUGGUAAGAUAAGACCUUUGACCUGAAGAAUUAUUAAACUACUCGAUUGAAUUUAACCUGCUUGUGACCUGAUUUAUAGCUGCCCAGUGCUCACCGCCGCCUGGCUUUGCUUUGACUUCAACAAGGGCUGUUCGCGAAGGCUGCUGCUGUUUUAACGAGCUGCGACUGACUGUCGGUGCCUCCUACCCAGGGUUCCUCACGUUCUGCACUGUCCCCAGCGCCUUGUCACUGAUCCCAGCCCAGUGUCCCUCACGAGACAAAGCCUCAGCGCUUCCUUCUCACCAGCAGGAUGGGGAGGAUGCCCCUCCUGGGGCUCUGUGCCCGCCCGGCUGUUGCAAAUGUCACGCUCGGCUUGGCUUGCCAGAGACCUUCACCACCUUCUGGGCGUGUUUAACCUCUUUUGUGACCUCCAGAGCUCUCAGUCCUGCACUCUGGAGAGAACCUCGCUGAGAUUGCUCGGUGCAGAUGGAGAUGUGGUGGAGAUGAGGGAGCUUCUAAUGCCUUGUGGGCUCCUAGCUGACCCAGCAGGGCCAGGCAAGCUGUCAUCUCCUGGCUCUGCUGAGCAAAAAAAACUCACAUUAAUAAUUUUUAAAAACAAUUGGCAUAUUUUUCAGGUUAAUUGUUCCUGAAAAUGUUUUUUUUUUUUCCACCAAACAUCACAGUUUUUAGGCACUUUAGCAGCACACCAGGGUUACGAUAGAGGCCUCAGGGGCUCUGAUUUCCAUUUUGAGUUCUCUAGGUGCUUGGUAGGAUUUCAUCACUGCUAAAGCAACCUCCUAAAGCUCUGCGGCAAAGCCGGACCCGGGACGCAGAGCGCUAGAGAUGUGAUAGGAUUGGAAGCAGCGGUGCUGGCAGCAUUCCCAAGGAAGGGGCUUCCCACGCCAAACCAAUGCUACCACGUGCCGACGGGGCUGAUGCAGGAGCACUGGAGACCAGCACAUCCCUGCCGAGCCGCUUGGUUGGGAAAGUGGAGCGCCAAGGCCCUGCUCCUCUGGACACCUGGUGUUUCUCCAGCCACUCGGGUGACACCGUCGCGUAAGACUUGCAGCGCUGCUCAUCUCCCGCUCGGCUGUCGGAGCUGGUUCCUCUGCCCGCUACGCUGAUGCUGAUGGGAUCCCUUGGGGCACAGCGUGGCUGGCCAGGUAGGGACGUGCAAUCCUCCUUCCUGCGUUGUGUUCCUCCAGGGCUUCUCGCCACUAAAGUCUUCUCAGAAUGAACAAGGCAGAGCUUUCUGCAGUAACUCAUCAUUCCCGAUAGCUCCCAUGAAUCACAUGGAAGGACCAGUUGAACAAGAUGCGUUGGGUAUCUAAAGCAGUGACUCUCCUCUCCCUCCAGCCCAGCAGCCUCAGGACUCCCAGCUUUUCUCAGGCUCUGCAGAUCCCUGUGGCUCACAGUCCUCUCCCCACCCUGCUGUCCCCCGUGGCGGCACCUCGGGUGCGCUGGGUCUCGUGGGUGCUGGCUGCGGGGACCGGAGACACCGAUCCAGCCAAGACAUCUCUGCCUCUGACCCCACCUUCCAGAUGCUAAAGUCUGAUUCGCAUCUCCCCGGUGACAGGGACCCCAAAAGCUCUCAGAGGGCUAACGCUGAGACGGAGCCUCCCAAGAACUAAGUUUCCCUCUGACACAAGCCUUGCUCUCCUCUUUCGACCGAGCUGGGCUCCCCGUUCUCUUUUUCCGACCCCAGCCGGAGCGUGUCUUCCACAGCCCGGCCGGCUUGUUUCAGUGGGAAACAGAACCAUGAAGCUUUGAGCUGACAAAGGUGAGGGUUGAGGUGCUGUGACGUGGG